AUGACCCUGGCCACGCCGAAAUCGCGCGCUCAGCAACGGCUGCCAACCGAGAUGCGGCAACUGACCAUUUUCAACAGCCAAGCGUGGAUCCGAAUCGGAGGACGUGACCGACCCCAUCCGUUCCAAGGCCUCCUCUCUGGCCUUUACUACAAUGGCCUCAAGGUUCUGAACUUGGCGGCCGCGAGCGACGCGCACACGCGGACCGAGGGCGCCCUGCGGGUGGUCCGCGGGAUGUCGCCCCACCUGGCGACGCUGAUCGCAACGGCGACCGCCACAGCGACCGCUGAGCCCACCGGGCCCGCCGCCGCCGCCGCCGCCGGCCCGCGCACCUCCACCGCGACGCUCGUGGAGACCACCACCACGAUAACCGUGACCACGACGACGGAGCAAGGAAGGAAGGCCGCCGCCGCAGAGGAGGAGGAGGAGGAUGAGGAGGAAGAGGAUGAGGAGGGAGAAGCAGAAUUGGCACCGUCUGGACCCCACGUCCCAGUCAGACCGCCAGCUCAGCAGGACACGCUCAUGGUGAUCACAGACGACGUGGUGGUCUCUUCAGCCGAGUGUCCCUCUGACGACGAGGACCUUGAAGAGUGUCAGCCCAGCUCAGCACAUACCAACCGUCGCUUUCGCGCUAACGCGGACGCACCGUCGCAGGUGGAGCACCCGCACCGCUCCAAGAAGGCGGUGUGGCACAAGCUGCUCUCAAAGCAGCGCAAGAGGGCUGUGGUCGCCUGCUUCCGCAUGGCGCCUCUCUACAACCUGCCGAGGCACCGCGCCAUUAAUCUCUUCCUCGAUGCGUAUAAGAAACACUGGAUAGAGACAGAGGAGAAUGCCUAUGAGGAUAAGCUAAUUGAUGACAUAGCCAAAUCCAUCGACGACGAUGAAGAGGAGAAGGAGUCGGAGGACACAGAGGUGGAGACUCAUCCCGAUCCUCUCCACCAACUCAUCCUCUACUUCAGUCGAACGGCACUGACAGAGAAAUCGAAACUGGAGGAGGAUUUCUUGUACAUGGCCUACGCCGACAUAAUGGCCAAGAGCUGCCACGCCGGCAUUGACGAGGAGGAGGAGGACUCCGCCACGUUUGAGGAAAAGGAGAUGGAGAAGCAGAAGCUGCAGUACCAGCAGUCUCGCCUGCACGAGAGGGGGGCGGCUGAGAUGGUGCUGCAGAUGCUGGGAGCCAGCAAAGGCGUGAAAAGCCCCAUGGUUCGGUCGACGCUGAAGCUUGGGAUUGCCGUACUGAAUGGUGGCAACUGCAUCGUACAGAACAAAAUGCUGGACUAUCUCAAGGACAAGAAGGACAGCACAUUUUUCCAAAGCGUUGCGGGACUCAUGCAGAUAUGCAGCGUUCUGGAUCUGAAUGCUUUUGAGCGGCAGAACAAAGCGGAGGGGCUAGGUAUGGUAACAGGAGGAAGGAUCAGGCUCUCGUACACGUCGUGA